UGCCGUCAAUGUCACUGUCAAGUAAUGAUAACGUUUAACAGAUUUGUCACGUAACAACAACAAUAACUGUACGAAAAUGAUUUAGUUAUUGGAAAAAUAAUCAACGUUUUAUUUUACUUUCCUUGUGCCACUUGUCUAAGGACCCUGCGAGUUUAUGUUUUGUGACGUCUUCUACAUAUUUAGAUACUUUAGAAGGAAAAUUAAAAUGAGCUUGAUGUACAACGAAGUGCCUCUAGGAGUCCGAAUAUUGCAAAAAUUGACCGACAAGUGUUGUCCCAGGUUCCAUUUUAACAGAGAGAUAUGUUACCGAGCAAGUGUAGCGUUUUUGACGUACAUUGCGUAUAUGUGCUAUCAUUUGUCGAGAAAACCCAUUUCCGUUGUGAAAACGGUAUUACAUAGAAACUGUAGCGGUUUAUCUCUGCCGUCUACAUCAAGCCCUCCAGACCAUUGGUGCGACUGGGCCCCCUUCAAUGGCACUGAUGCAAACGCUGCCCAGAUGCUGGGCGAAUUGGAUUCCGCCUUCCUCUUUUCCUACGCGGCCGCAAUGUUCCUUUCAGGUUUCAUCGCUGAUAGAGUUAACCUGAGGUAUUUCCUGAGCCUCGGCAUGAUAAUGUCCGGCAUAUUCUGCUAUCUCUUUGGCCUAGCCAAGACAUAUAACAUACACCAUUUCUCUUAUUACAUAGUCGUACAGGCUUUGGCGGGAAUUUUCCAGACAACGGGUUGGCCCGGUGUGGUCUCCGUCAUGAGUAAUUGGUUCGGGAAGGAGAAGCGGGGGCUGAUCUUCGGUCUCUGGAAUUCUCACACCAGCAUAGGGAACAUCCUAGGGUCCUUAAUAGCGGCGGAGUAUGUCGAAGUGGACUGGGCGUUGUCUUUCGUUAUGCCCGGUUUGUAUAUAGGAGUGGCAGGUUUCGUGAUUUAUUUAUUCCUGGUGGUCAAUCCCAGCGACGUCGGGUGUGUAGUGGCGGAUAAUAGGAGGAGUUGUUUGAAACGGGAAAGGCUGUUGGAAAACCAGGUGGCGAACAACUCGAGCAGCGGUGAGGUAUCGUCGGGUAUCAGUUCUGACGUUGAUGAUUCUGAAAUUCUUAUAGGCGAACAGGCUGUCAUAAAUCGUUCUCGCUAUAUGGCCGAUGACAAUUCUGAGGUCCAACGUAGGAUAACAGAAAGGACUCACCUUCUGCCUCGUUCAUCCCCCGAAAGAAACGAACAGGCCAUCGGAUUCUUCAAUGCCUGCUGCAUACCAGGCGUCGUAGAAUUCUCACUGGCGUUGUUCUUCUCCAAAUUAGUCGGUUACACUUUCCUCUAUUGGCUUCCGUUGUAUGUGAACGCUUCCACGACCAUGGGCGCCACGCUAAGCGCGGACAUGUCGACGUUAUACGAUGUUGGUGGUAUAGCGGGUGCCAUCAUAGCCGGGGUAGUUAGCGAUAAGACGGACAUGCCAGCUAUUACUUGUUCCGUGAUGUUGGUGCUCACCGCCCCAAUGCUAGUGGUGUACCAGAAAUUAAGUACCGUCAACUUGGGCUUGAACAUGAUACUGCUGGUGAUAGUGGGGUUGUUGGUGAACGGGCCUUAUGCGUUGAUCACGACUGCUGUCGCUGCGGAAUUGGGUACCCACCACAGCUUGGAAGGCAACUCCAAGGCGUUGGCUACCGUCGCGGCUAUUAUUGACGGAACGGGGUCCAUCGGUGCUGCCAUUGGACCUCUCUUGGCCGGGUUCGUUUCCGGCUACGGUUGGGAGAGCGUCUUCCUGAUGCUGAUGAUUUCUGACAUUCUAGCUUUUAUUUUACUGUUGCGACUGGCAAAGCACGAGUUUGUUAAGUAUAGGAACGCACGCAGGGCCGGGAUACGGAUAGAGUAAUGUUCCUAGCGUUUAUUAAAUUAAUUUCUAAUACUAUUCGAUGUAUGUGAUAAUCAAAUCAGAUUUAUUAGAACAUAUUUAAUUGUAUUUAUAUGUGUAUAGAUAUCGAGUACGUAUUUUAUUACAACUUUUAGAGAUGUUGGAUGUUUAAAUUUUUUUAUUCUGUAAGCGUCUGAAUCUUGCCUCACUGAAUAGUACAAUGUAACAUGUGAAUUGGUAUUAGAAAAUAAAGAAAUAAACAAGUUAUUUACCAGAAUAAAUUCUUACUGGGUUGUAUUUUAUAUAAAGUGAUAUGCAUUUAUAAUUUUUUUUAAUGUAUGUUGACGAAAAUUAAAAAACGUUUGUUUAUAUUUUAAUCAUAACAUAAUUAUAUAUAAUUGCACAAAAUGCACCAUUAAUUGCAGAGUAUAUUUUAAAACCGAGAUUUUGCAUUCAUUUUUUGAACAAUCAGUACAAACUUGUUUUUUUGUGUUACCUUAGUAUAUUUAUAAAUUAUACAGUUUAUUUGUUAUUGUUUUUGUUAAAUAGAUAAAUUAUAUUUUGCACCGUUAUUGUUAUCUUAGUUAUGGGUAUCUAACUUCAAAAUGUGCAUCCAUCUUUUUAACAAAUUAGUUAAUUUUUCUUGUAAAUCUGUCGCAUUAGUAUUAAUUUGUCUUAGAUAGCAUUCCGUAAAUCAGAAGUGGGAUAUUUUCCAUUUUUAGUACCACUUUCGUAAUUCUGGUUGAUAUUUAACCACACACACAUUUUGAGAACCGAAAAAACCUUAUAAAAAUGGAAAAUAAGUACUCUUAACUUUAUGCCAAAAGGAAAUCAGUAUGAGACACAAAGGUAUUUUUUUAAAUCUACAGAAAUUAGUGAAUUUCUUGUAUCAUUCGUUGUUUUAUUAUACUUUUAUAUUGCCUCUCUAAUGUAUUUGCUUGUCAAAAUUAUUUUAUAGGCCAUCUUUACAACAUUCAUAAACUUUAUGUUGAUAAUAGUAAAAUUGUUUAUUAUUAUUAUUUUAGGGUUUCACAUAUUUUGUCAUUACAUCUCAACUUUUGUUUAAUA